CCCAAAUAGGCAGCGGGCUGACGGCGGGGGAAAUGCGACCGGCCGAGUUGACCCUCCAAACUCUUAUCGCUCGGAGAGGAUGAUGUUUGUAAGUUACUUAAAUUGCUUGAAUUCUCUCGGGAUUCUUGAUUAACCACUUCCAGCCAAGUUACCACCUUACUCCAAUCAACUUAAUUAAUCGGAGCUAAGGAUUGCACCCAUCCUGAUGCAUCUUAUAAGAAGCUGCCUGCCGGUCAAUCCGACCUAGUCCUUUCUCCCCACCCACCGACCCAGACCCAGGAUUACUUGCUGAUCGCAAUGCCUUCGCUGCAGACUGUGGUGGUGGCCUCUGUUCUCACCGGUGCCGCGGCCGGUCAGUUCUUCCCUCCAAAGCCUGAAGGGCUCACGGUGAUCGAUUCCAAGCAGUACGAAGGCGUCCAGAUCGCGUACAAGGAUCCUGGCAUCUGCGAAACCACGCCUGGAGUCAAAUCAUAUUCCGGCUAUGUCCAUCUCCCCUCGGGCACCCUCAAUGAGUUGGGGGUCGACCAACACUACCCCAUCAAUACCUAUUUUUGGUUCUUCGAAUCGCGCAACAACCCCGCCAAUGCUCCCUUGUCGAUUUGGAUGAAUGGUGGUCCCGGGGGCUCAUCUAUUAUUGGUUUGCUGCAGGAGAAUGGUCCCUGUGUAGUUAACAAGGAUUCCAAUUCAACGCAGCUGAAUCCUUGGUCGUGGAACAACUAUGCCAACAUGCUCUACAUCGACCAGCCCGUCCAUACCGGGUUCAGCUACGAUGUGGCCGUGAAUGGCACCUUCAACGCUCUCACGGAGGAGUGGGAUACUUCCGGCCUGGAAAAUGGCAUUCCGGAGCAGAAUAACACCCUCUGGGUGGGCACAUUCCCCAGCAUGAACAAUCAAUCCACGGUCAAUGGAACCGUCAACGCUGCUCGCGCCUUGUGGGUGUUUGCGCAGACAUGGUUUUCGGAGUUUCCCGAGUAUCAGCCCCAUGACGACCGCGUCAGUAUCUGGACCGAGUCCUACGGCGGACGCUACGGUCCGGCCUUUACAGCGUUCUUCCAAGAUCAGAACAACAAGAUCGCGAAUCGCACAUUGUCCGGCCAUGCAAUUCACCUCGACACCCUGGGCAUCAUUAACGGCUGCAUAGACCUGCUGGUACAAGCGCCGACUUUCCCCGAGUUCGCCUACAACAACACCUACGGCAUCGAAGCACUCAACCGCACCAUCUAUGAUGCCGCCAUGCAUGCUUGGAGUCGACCCGGUGGUUGCAAGGACAAACUGAGUGCAUGCCGUGCGGUAGCCGCCGAGGGUGAUCCCGAGAUGCAUGGCAACAAUCAGACCGUCAAUCAGAUCUGCCAGGAUGCGGACGCUUACUGCAUCGACGCAGUCAAAGGUCCCUUCAAGGAGCACUCCGACCGUGGCUACUACGACAUCGGGCAUCCCGCGAAAGAUCCCUUCCCGGAGUCGUAUUUCAUCGGGUACCUGAACCAGCACUGGGUGCAGGCCGCUCUGGGGGUCCCCGUGAACUACACCCGCUCCGCGGAGGACAUCUGGGAGGCGUUCCGGUCGACGGGCGACUAUGCACGCUCGGACAGCCGCGGCCUGAUCGAGGAUCUCGGCUACGUGCUCGAUUCGGGCAUCAAGGUGGCCCUCGUCUACGGAGACCGGGACUUCGCCUGUCCUUGGACCGGCGGGGAGGAGGUCAGUAAGCUGGUGGAAUACGCUGGGGCGGACCAGUUCCGGUCCGCAGGCUAUGCCGAGCUGAAGACGAACUCGUCGUAUGUUGGGGGCAUGGUAAGGCAGUACGGCAACUUUUCAUUCACGCGAGUCUAUCAGGCUGGCCAUGAGGUUCCGGCGUAUCAGCCCCAGACCGCCUAUGAGAUCUUUAAUCGGGCUCUGUUCAACCGGGAUCUGGCGACGGGGAAGGUUUCGACAGUAAAAACCCCAGACUACAAGAGCCAGGGGCUAGACUCGACUUGGAUGAUCAAGAAUACGCCCCCGGCGCCCCCGGAGCCUGAAUGUUAUGUUCUGGCCUUGCAGGAGACUUGUACCGAGGAGCAGAUUGAGAGCGUGGUCAAUGGAUCGGCAGUGAUUAAGGACUAUAUAGUGGUGGGGAGGAAGUGA